UUGGCUGGCGACGAAUCUCUCUUGUGCACGAUAUCAUUUAUUAUUCGUCGAGUCGACAUUUUCCACUCGGCAAUGGCAGCCUGUGGUCUGUGGCGGACAAGUCGUAGGGAAUCGUCGUUCGCUUGUAUUCUCGUCGGCCAUUCCGUCUCUGGGCUUCGCGGGUGGCGGUAGCGCGGGCUCGGAAGGUGGAUUACGGAAUUAAACUGAAGUGUGUUAAGACGGCCUUUGCUUUCGAGACUUUGAGACAAUAUUCUUUACUUUUUUGUUUCAUUUUUUAGUACUAAGCCGAUGCUUUCGGCGGAACGUAAACAUUAUCUUCUGGAUUAGCAUUGCGAGUGGAGGAAGUUCAAGGGGUUACGAGCCUAUAGUUAUUCUUCCUCCCCCUUUCUCCCAUUUUGAGGCGAAUCGGAAAAAAUAAAGUCGAAAUAAUGAAGAACGACAAAGCGCAGCCUAAAGUGUGCAUCGGGGCGCUUGUUGUGGCGGCCCUGGUAGCCGGCGCCCACGCAGACACCGUCACAGCAGUCAAUCAAGCCGAGAGAUUUCUAUCGCUGUUCUCAGUCGUGAGGUUUAAGAACACCGCGUGCACCGGAUCCUCUGGCGACUCGGGGACCUGUUACGCCAAACAUUCGUGCCUUCUCAACGGCGGGAGCUUGGAGGGCACUUGCGCAGGAGGCUUCGGGUCCUGCUCAAAGAUCGGGUGCGGCGGAACUUCCAGGAACAACUGCACUUACAUCCAGAGUCCAGGUUAUCCCAACACCUUCAGCACGGCCAUGACAUGCACGCAGACGAUCAUGUUCAACAGCGACGUCUGCCAACUGAGACUUGACGUGACUGAGGUUGACCUCGCUCCGCCCGACAACAGAGGAAUGUGCCUUGAGGACGUCCUCACCUUCUCGCAAGACACGAAGUGGUCACAGGUUUGCGGGACGACUCUCAACACCCACUACUACCUGGACGUAGACCCGGACGCAAGCACUAAGGUCGACUUUACCUUCAACAUCGGCGCCGGAAGUUACCCUCGGAAGUGGAAGAUCAAAGUAUCGCAGAUCUGUUGCGACCAACUCUCCAUGGCUCCUAUGGGGUGCGGACAGUACUUCACCUCGACCACGGGCACCAUUAAGGCCUGGAACGCAGACGGGAGCAACCGCGUCUACCUGCAUGGCCAGAACUACGCCACUUGCCUCAGGAAGGAACUGGAUCGGUGCACGAUAACCUACACGGAGACAAUGGACGACUGGUUCCUGCCGCGCUGUGGAGACACGCUGGAGUUCCCGUUUAGUUUCUUGGACGCUCUUAACCCCGCCGUAGGGGUGACUUGCAUCGAUAACGCCGGCAUCAGGCCCGUCCUUCAACCGGCGACUGCCACUCUCCAGGGCCCGCAGCAGAUCUACUUCGUCACGGGUGAUGGCGGAAACGACCAUUUUGGCGUCGGACAAAACUCCAACUUGGAUCUCGAAUUUUCUCAAGGAGCUUGCUAAGGAGGCCACGGGGAUCUGGAUGUUAUUAUUGUCUUUGUUGUUGUUUUUUGUUUGCUGUUGCUGUUGAAUGCAUGUAACUUAGUUUAUUUAUUUUAGUGUUAUGGUAGUGUUUACGUGAUAUAAGUCGCAUUGGCUAGAGCUAUGUUUAUGGUUAGUGAAUAUAAGGUGAGACGUGU